CUUAAAAUACAAGUACUGCAGUACAUUGGUGUCGUCUUAAGUCCGAAUACGUGCGCACCGGCCGCUGAGAAUAUCGCGGCCAUCUUUUCUUUUUUAAACUUAGAAUUUGUUUUUUUUUAUUACAAUGUUGAAUUUAGAUUCAGCCAUUGUAGGUGCGGGGUUUAUGAAAGAGAGUAAAACCUUGUUGCGUGUCAGGUUGUGGUUUUAUGCCUUAUCCUAUGUGCAUUUGGUGGCAGUGGCAGGAUUGUUACUUACUAUUGACUUUGCUGCUCACGAUGAUCCGGAUAUACAAAUGUAUCAAAAGAUCAGAUUUAAGUUGAUCACAGCGUGGUUUAAUCUCUUCACAUUGGUCUACUUUCCCAUAUGCUUCUACUGUGAUUGGAGAGAACUGAGAGGAGAGCAUGAAUGCAAUCACGUCAAACUUCUCAAUCAAGUUAGAUGCCUGUGCUUCACAAGCAUCCUGCUGCCGACCACUGCAUUUGGUGACAUAUUGUUCUGGCGAGUAUGGAAUACUCAUCGAGAGUUGAUCGCACCGCCGAGUAUUCACAAAGUGGUUCCCUUCUGGUCCCAGCACUGCAUGCACACCGUAUCCCUUAUUGUGGUACUUACAGACCUCGUGCUGGUGAAGAGAGAAAGGCCGAAGAGUAACGUGCUGAACAUCGGAGUACUAUCGUCUUUCCUUAUCGCUUAUACUGUUGUGUGUGUACAAAGCGUGAUGAAAGGCGAAUAUAUUUAUCCAGGUCUAAAGCUGUUCACAGGAAUGAAGUUUCCCAUACUAGUCAUUUACGUUUUUCUAGAAAACUUCUUUUAUUAUACUAGCCAGUGGUUAGUAGUAGAUAUGGUAUGGGGUCAAGGGAAUCUGAAGAAAGUUGUUUAAAUUAAGUAAUUAUAAUAAUUUUAAAUAAGAAUUCGUAAUAAAAUAAUUUUAAACUAAGGAUUAUUCAUAAGGAAGAUAAACGUAUAGUCGCACAGUUAUUUGAUAUGCAAUUAAGAGAAAAGAUAUUGAUUCAGUACUGAGCUAUCAGCACUAAAUACAGUAGGGACACUCCGAGCAUUGGGGAUCGAGCGACGAUCAACGGCGAGACAGAAUAGCUUACUGCCAGACCAGAACCAGACCAGGGCGUUCCGCGCGCAACUCAAAGAGCUAAUAGACCACGUGGGUCAGAUGCAAUAAGGGAAAAUCUCAAAAAAUAGCUAUUGGUACACUAAAUCAUAUGGUUUUUAAUUAACCAAAUUCUUUU